GACAACGAACCUUUCGAAAAUCCAAUUACAACAUGGACCGAGCCUCUAAAAGCGACGAGGAUACUUUUAGGAAUCAGCACAACGAACUCGAUUCGGAUUUCCGUAUAAUGAGAGGCGCUUUGCGACAAUCCGGGGACGAGCGAGAUCCGCAAGAGAGACAAAGUUUACGUGCGCGUAAAAACGAUUACGAGGAUGACGAAGACGACGAGAUCGGUGAUCACAAUGAUAUUCUCGCACAAGAUGAUGGUCCACGGUAUCCAAGUUCGCAAGGCGCGGUAUGUGCCGUUUGCAAUCUGAGCGUAACGGGAGUUACUGGCUCCGGUAACGACAGUCACGAUUUUGAGCAACCUCGCUCCUGUGAUCAAGGCCAUUUACUCUGCCGACGUUGCGUUCAACGAUUUGCAAUUCGAUCAGAUACGGGCUGUGUCCUUUGUCGUACGGAAUCUCAGCACUCGAAUUCGACGGAUUCCCAUGACAGUAGUUCGAGUUUGAAUCGUGGUCAAAAUCGUGCGUCGAAAAACAUGCACGAUUUCGAGACGGAACGUUCGAUGAAAACUUGCGGAAAUGAUUUCCCCGGGAUCCCAUGGGCCCGAGCACAUUCGGAAGCGCCGGUUGUCGGAACGAGAAUGAGUGGUCAGCGGAACGGAGUUAAAAGAAUAGAUUCUUGUUAUUCCGAGUGGGAAACGAAAAUCGAACGAACGGAAGUUCGCGAGAAGAUUCGUCAUCCGAACGAAUCGAGGCAUCAUCAGCAACGCAGUUAUUGCAGCAUUAUAGGCGGCAGAGAGACUAUUUUGGAUGCGACGCCAUCGGAAACUCGAGUCAACGGGCAACUCGUCACCGAAUGCUCAAGAAGACCGAUUCGAUGCCCGAGACUCGAUUGCGCCGUUAACGUGGCAUUCUCGGCUCUGACUCACCACUUUCUUUUCGACCAUCCGGAAGUCCCAAUUCUCAGCGUUGAACCUGGUGCCAAAAGCACUCUGAUCGUUAGUUUUGCGGCGUUGUCCUGCGACUCCAGUCGAUGUCUUGCCCUCCUUUUGGUUUCUGGAAAACUCUCGGGACCAGCUUCGAGGCUUUUCAACGGGAGCCAAAUUCAUCCGAAGUAUCAAAAUCGUUUGCCACUCCCGGUACUGGCUGCACGAUUACAUUGUGCGAGUCGUUAUACCGAUUCGAAGGAAGUUCCAACGAGUGGCGAAGGUCGAAGCGGUGGUGACGUCAUAAUAGCGUGGGUAGCCGGUUUGGACAUCGGAAACGUGACUGCGGGAACUUUACGAUGCAGCAUACAAGCAGUGGACAACGUGGAGAACGAAUCGGUGCGAUCGCUGACGUACACAGGGCCUGUUAACUCGUUGAGGACAGCUCAACGUCCCCGGGAAGUAUUUCUCGCGGGUGACUGCGUCAUACUUCACGAAGGUCUCAUCAAUCACAUUACGUCGGAUUGCACCAGGCUGAACGUCAACGUCAUUGUUCACUGAUCAAAUCUCAA